GGUUGCUUCUUUUUGUGGUCGCUGCGCCGCUGUCUGCCUUUGGCGCUCGCGGGUCUCGCGGGUCUCUCGCUGCUUGGCCGCCCUCGCUGCGGCCCGGAAAGGCGCAGCGCUGCCGAGUCGUUGUCGGGUUGCACUCGUGCGUUCCGCUAGAACGCGGAGAAGGCUGUUAGGGCUCCGCUGCAGGCCGACUCGGCUCGUAAUCCUAGUAUGUCAAUGAAAUACUAGGUCAAAAAGUAGUUUGAGGCCAGCUCAUCGUGCAGCUCAUCGUGCUGGCACCACAGCAGCGCGCUGCCAAUAGCUGUCCACGAAACGCGACGCAAAGCAGCAGCGAUCACUCAUCACUCGGCCACAGAGCCUUGGAUUGCUGCACUUGUGCAAGGCCUAAAAAGCAUCAUGCGCCUGGCAUGCGUGCUGCUACCGAUAGCAUCCGCAUUCCUCGGCCCGACGCAACGAAACCAGGCACCGCUCCGCGCCACGACGGACGACGAAACAGCACCGCCUUUGCUGAAGAUCCCCAUCCCCGGCAGCGCGACGGCCACGCUCGAGGUGCCCGCGCUCGCGACGCAGAGGGAUUUAGCAAGGGACAUAAAGAACGAUGCUGCGGAUGUCGACCCGACGGCGGCAUUCCGCCGAAGCUUAAAGGCGACGCGCGCCCUGAGCAACGUCGGGGCCAAGGUCUUGCGGGGGUCGACCGACGCGCCGCGGUUGACGAGGGAGCUCUUCGAGGAGCUGGGGGCGACCUUCGUGAAGCUCGGCCAGCUCGUGGCGUCGUCGCCUACUUUGUUCCCGGAAGCCUGGACGAGCGAGUUCGAGAAGUGUCUGGACGACGCGCCGCCGAUUCCCUUCCACGUCGUCAAGAAGACCGUGGAACAGAGCCUGGGUCGAAGGCUCUCGACGACCUUCGCCAGCUUCGAUCGCGAACCGCUGGCGACGGCGUCCGUCGCGCAAGUGCACGCCGCAACUUUAAGAGGUACCGGGGAGCGCGUCGUCGUCAAGGUCAUUAAACCCGGCGUCGCGGAUUCGUUGAUUGCCGACCUCGCGUUCCUGAACGGGGCGGCUCGGUUGCUCGAGGCCGUGGCGCCGGAGACGAAAAGAAUUUCGCUCAGGAGCGUCGCGGCGCAGUUGCGCGACGCGACGAGACGGGAGUUGGACCUGACGAAGGAGGCCGAGUCCCUCAUGAGUUUCGACGCCUUCCUCGAGACGGCGGGCUUCGCCUCGCAAGUCUGCGUGCCGACGCCCAUCCCCGAGCUAUGUUCGAAAGACGUCCUCACGAUGUCGCGGCUCGACGGUCAACGAUUGACGGACGCGACGGCCUCGCCCGAAGCUGCGGCGAGCGUCGCGACGGUCAUCCGGUGCUGGGGGCGAAGUGUCGUCGAGCACGACUUCUUCCACGCCGAUUUACAUGGAGGCAACGUGUUGUUGCUCGAGGACGGCCGCGUGGGCCUCAUCGAUUUCGGCAUCGUGGGCACGCUGCCGUCGGAGGUCUACGGCGGCGUCGUGGCGCUGGCCGCGGCGUUCAACGCCCAGCCGCGGGAUUAUAACGGUGUCGCGUCGGCAUUGCGGGAGAUGGGCGUCGCCGCGGACGUCUUUGAUGAAGCGGCCUUCGCUUCUGACUUAAAAAAGGCCAUCGAGGCCACGGAGGCCAACGACGCGGCGGCCAUCGUCAACGACGUCAUCGCCGUCUCGGAGAACAACAAUCUGGUCUUGCCCUCGGAGUUCGGCCUUUUGACGAAGCAGGCGAUCUACCUGAACCGCUACGUGACGACGCUCGCACCGGACCUGGACCCGUUCGCCGAGGACGUCCUCGGGGGUGCAGCCUAAGACAAUUUUUGUUA